AUGGCGGAGCUUUUAAAUGCUCAACCGGCCAACUAUACCCGUCCACCAAACCCUCCGGCUAUCGUUGACGAACCCUUCAAUGCAACUGUCAAAACCAUUCGAAUCCUUGACUUCCUGCCAACAAUGAUACUCAAAUCAGCAAGAGAGCUCACUCCAUUUUUGCUACUACUGGGACAGAGCGGCCAUGGCCAGUUUGUGUAUAAUCCUAGUGUCACUGGAGCCUUCAUUGAGAUCAGCAAUAUCAGAUGGUGGGUUAAUAGCAACAUUGGAUGGGUUUGUGGCAUGAACACCAACGCAAGGAUCGUGACAGUUUUCCCUGAGAACAUUAAUGAUGGACCGGAUAAAGAUGAUGGCUCUGGCACAACCUUGACUACUCUGAGUCCAAAGACAGUAUUCGUAGAGGUCCCAAUCCAAGCCCGCUGGACUAGACGCAUAUGUGAUUUAUACAGUCUUUCUUGUGUUAUUUGCAGUGAUGGCAUACGCCAAGGCAGCGAAGAGUGUGAUGAUGGCAACUUGGAUCCCGGCCGGAUCAAGAGUGUUGCUCGGAAGUCUGUGGCAAUUUUCGUGUUGAUUUUGACUCCCCUGACGAAGAAUGUGAUUGGACCGAUACAUCUAUCUGCAAGUUCAAAUGUGGAAACGGCAUCGUUGACUCUCCGAUUGAAGAAUGUGAUGACGGAAAUAAACGCAAUGGCGACGGAUGCAGCCCCACCUGCAAGCGCGAACCUCUGUGUGUUGAGUUGCGUCUGCCGUCCUGGGUUCAAGGCGGAUGCUAAUAAUGACCAAAAGGCUAUCCAUUGGCGUCUGCAGGCAAUGAACACCGCGUCUUUGUGA